CGUUCCUAGAAAGUUAGUUAACGCUGUAAUAGCACCUAAGUUCAUUGUAUAUAAAAUUUGCUCAAUAAUAAGGACUAAAACUUAUUACCGCCGGCAAAUCGCGGGAGCUUCUUGGCGGCGCCAUCGGGCGUCACGUCGGCGUACUAUCGGCCAUUAUCGCCGCCGUCGACAUCACCCCCACCGGUUCGCGACUUCGCCGGGCUCGCCGACGGAGAGUAGAGAUUACAGCGGCGUAUCGAAGAUGGCGACCAGAGGGUAGGGUCGUGCGGCAGACGCGCUCCGCAAGGCAACCUCUUCCUCGGUGGAGACGGCGGUGUCGGGGCGAGCCAGUUGCACGCUGCGCGUCCAGUCCGAUGGUGACGGGUUCCUCCGGUUUUCUGCUAAUUCAGGAUUCUGUCGGGGUCACGCAGUGGCUAAAACACACUAACCCACGCAGCUCGCUCGUUCUUGCCCGAUACCUAAAUGGCGGUUAACGCGUGCGAUUAACUUCCGUGCCUCUUCUCUUCGCCUGUCAACGUCUAGUCAAAGGGGAAAAAAACGGAAGGUGAAAAAAAGAAUCGGAGAGGAGCGAUUCGGCGAACGAGGAGAACGUGACGCUCCGAUCGAGAUAAGGGUCCGCCACGAACACGAGAAAUCGAAACCAAGCCAAAGUGUGUAAAUAUAGAACUAAGAUAAUCGAGCUGAUUCAGAGGGAUUCUGAUUAUCCUUCUCACGCGAUGAUAUCGUACCAAAGAAGAAUCAAUAUUGCGUAAAACUUUUUUCAUUUUAUAAAUUCGAUGUUCAGAGCGAUUCUCGAAAAAACAGUCUUCAGAGUAUUGACCUUGUAAAGCUCUUUUAUUGAUACUGUAUUAAGUAGCGAUAAGAAUCGACACAGGUUCAAUUAAAAUAUCAUUGAAGUGCCAUUAAAGCGUUGGAGAUUAUUCUCCAGAAGAACUAGAUGGAAAACAAACGCACAGUAGAACACAUAGCUGGAUAAAUGUAUUAAAAGACUAAUCAGAAGUAUUACAAACUGCUUGAAUUGUAAAACAUUGUCGAAAAUAUCGAUCUACCGAGGGAUAUCGACGAGACAUUGAAAACUGCGACGAGUUGAUCGAAUCCCUCGGUAACAUCGAUGCGGUGGUGACUCGAGUCAGCGUUUCAAAUCCAACGAUUACACGGAGCAAUGUAUGCGGAUUGCGUUCCACCGACAGGAUCUCUCGUGGUUUAUUAUAAUUUUUACAAAACACCACUAUAGAAAACUAGGAACCGUUCUUAAUAUCUAUAGCUUCAUCUUGUCGCUUUGCUUAAGAGAUCAAAAACGGUGCUGGCAUCGAUGAUGAAAUUCUUUAAGAAUUUUACCAAUUUUCACACACGUUAUACAGUUUCUCUUCAGACAAUUUGAUAGAUUAUCCAAUAACAAUAUAAAACUUCUCAAGAAGCAAUUGAAAUUGUCGGGAAAAACGAAAAAUCGAUUGGAUCCUGUUAUGUAUGUAUAAUUAAUAUGAAGCGAAACUAACGCGCGGAAAUUGACAACUGAUUGAUAAAGUGGAAAUCGAAGCUGUCGAUAGCUUUUACGUGCGGCAAGAAUUUUCAACGAAACAUCCAUCUUGGGAAGAUUUGAAAACGUUGCUUGCACUUUAAGAUCAGCAAGAACUCGAGGUAAGUCGCUGAGAGACAUCUUGAACGUGGGAUCCAAUUUGAGAUUCUCAAGCCAAAUCAGCAUGACGGUGAAACAGUGAGCACUACGAGUAGGUGAACGGCAAAAGGAGGAAACAAGUGAGAAGCUAUAGACGAAAGAAAGAAAGGGUUGACAUGACGGUAAUUCGAGAAGACUGAGGAUCCGUCUGAAAGAACGCGGAAAGGGCGACGAAGUCUCAGGGCCAGGGUUCAUCGAGCUACGGUGGAGGAGCGGGAGAGAAGCUCCGGUUAUCGUGCGGGAGGGGUGCUACGCAUCGGGCUGAUAUCGACCGAGGAUUGCGCUUGCGUGGAAAAAGGCGCGAGCGCAAUCGCAGCAGCUCCAACAGGGAGAGAGAAAGACAGAGAGAGAGAGAGAGAGAGCACGACGGCACCCUCCGCACCGAGAGAGGAAGAGGAGAGUCCUCUCGUUCUCCGUCGCCGUCAGUCGAUUGUCGCACCGACGAGGAAAACGGGCUAUCGCAGCCGUCACUGUCGGAUCUAGAAAAGACUUCCGGUGUUUCGGUGGUGCCGGCAGGGCUCGGGGUGCACACAACACGGUGAUUCCAACGCCCGCAUCCCGGAAGCGCGGUCCUCCCGGGCGCGAUCUCGAGCGCGGAGAGUUCGAUUCCGCACAGCAUCGCUUCGCAAAUCGUCAUCAUUGAGGGACGGGGAAAAACCGGCGCGCGGGCGGACCGUGGCGGAGAGGGACCGCAGGCGAGGUAUAUCGGGACGAUAAGAACGCGAUAAGCGGACCGCUCUUCAUAAACGUUUAUGCGUGUGCGCGUCCUUCUCCUCUCCUCUCUUCUCUCUCCUCUACCUCUUCGCUCUAUCUCUUUCUCUCUGUUCGACCUCGUCGCCGUCGCGAUAAAAGACGAAUCUGAAAUUUUCCUCGAGGACCUUUGCGCCAGUUCACAGUCAACGAUGUCCCGGAGCGGUCAUUAGAACAUCGCGAGGAACGGGAAUUAACGGUUGCUAGGAUUCGUUAAAAUGUAUCACUGAUAAUGAUCAAGUUGCAUUCGCGGGGUAUCCAAUCGACGGAAUGCGAGAUGACAUCAGUGCCUGGCGGCUUAAUUUAAAAGUGAAUUGCGUGGACAAUAAAAUUAUAUUAUUAUAGCGACUGUGCAAUAUCAGUACAAAUGGUCUUAUCAAUUAUCAAGAUUUAUCCGUAUAAAGCCGAUCUCUCCACGUAUCGCACAAUGUCGGGCGUACCUAUCGACACGGUUCUUCCCGUUAACAGCGCGUGUUUACGAGCUUAACCAGGAAGCGAUGAUCGGCGUGAGUUACUUGAAGCCGCGCGAUCGGAACCUCUAUGCCGAGAUUGAAGUCGAGCGUCGAAGUCUCUUGAGACGUUGUACCGGAGUCACGCUGGCUGAAUGAACGUACGGCGCGAUGCUCAGCAUGCAACAGCAGCAGCAGCAGCAGACAUUCUUAAAUCAAAUAGCUGGGCCCGAGCAGCCGCAGGAGGAAGUUCAGUUGACGGAACUGCUGCCGGUGAAGCAAUCGCGCAUCAGGGAGAACAUAUUCAAAGACGUCAACGCGACUGAUGCUUUAAGAGCGCUCCGGAGCUUCUCGGGCGACUGCGAUGACGGCGAUGAGCGAUUCGACCUGCAAGAGUUCAAUUUCUGCAAAACUGCCGACCACCUGGAACGCCCAAGUGGCAAGUAUCGACGAACGGAGGCGCGCCGAAAGCGAACGAGAGAGCCUAAGAACAAUGCCGAGGAUACUGACGAGGAAAGGAUCAGCGACGAAGUGGCAGGCAAGAACGCGAGGAAAGCGCGAAGCGCCAAGAAAAACGUUCGCGUGCAAGCACUGAAGAAGAACUCGAUGAAAUCGAAUAAAAGGAAGCACAAUAAAGAAGAGGAUGACUACGAAACGCACGAGAAAUCGGCUGGAGAGACGGCCGCUGCUGAUCACGAGUUCGACUAUGAUGACGAGGACGGGGACGAACAGUAUUCGGACUUGGACAAGAGAGAUUGCUUCAAGGAUGAGGUCUACGUAUAUCGACGGGAACCGUUGGAUCCGUGUUCGAACUCGGAACCGGACGAAUCCGAGGCGACCAAUCGUGAAGAAGCUCAGCAGGGGAUUCACGAGAAGGAUCGCUUCAACACGGACGGGAAUCUGUUCGACGGCAUUGUUCGUCGAAAGAAGAACGUAUCCGGGAAUAUGAAGGAAUGCAUGAAAGACGAAGAGAAGGAGGAACGCAGAUCCAGCGUUGACGGGGCCUCCGAGAAAGAGAACUCCGAGAAAGAGCUUAGACUGAAAAUCGAUGCGAUUAUUCAGGCGAAUUACCUGCUAGAACGCGAGAACAACAACGUGGUAGAUUCGGAAGAGCUGAAGAUGAAGGAAGACGUCAGUUCAACCUCGUCCGCGGUCACGUCGACAAACACGGAGAGCAGCGACAGUUCCCUGUGCAGUUCCACCGAAGUGAAGAAGAAGCUUGAUCAGGUCAGGCAGACGAACGAUCAGCAGAACACUCCGAAGAAGUACUGCUGCGUGGUGUGCGAGGCACGCUUCAAGGGCAAUGGCGGCCUACGAAAUCAUUACAAGGUGGUGCACGGCGCCGGUCCGGUGUUCAAGUGCGACGAGUGCGGCAAAGAGUUCCCACUGAAGGAGCGAUUGAAGUUACACGUGCGCACGCACACCGGCUUCAAGCCGUACAAGUGCCCCGAGUGCGAUAAGAGCUUCGCACGAGGCAGCCAAUUGGUACAACAUCGUCGCACGCACAGUCAGGUAAAGCCGUACCGUUGCGGGUUGUGCUCCACCAGCUUCACGUGCUCGGCGAACUUGGCGCUGCACGUGAAGCGCCAUAAGGGACAGAAGGAUCACAAAUGCGACCUGUGCGGGCGCGCCUUCCUGCGUCGCGAUGCCCUGAAGAAACAUCUCGAGUGCCUGCACCGCGACGUCAAGUCCUUCCUCUGCGAGAUCUGCAACAAGAUGUUCAAAGGCCACCUCCCGCAGCACAUGAGGACACACGCGCGUGAUCGCCCUCAUGGCUGCGCCACGUGCGGCCAACGGUUUGCCCAGAAGUCCCAGCUGACCGUCCACCAGAGAACGCACAAUGGUCAGCGGCCGUUCCGCUGCCUUGUCUGCUGGCAGGCGUUCGCUCACUCGACUGCUCUGAAGCUGCACACCCGACGCCACACCGGCGAGCGACCAUUCAAGUGCACGGAAUGUAAAGCUGGCUUCACCCAGCUACCGCACUGGAAGAAACACAUGAAGUGCAUACACGGUAGGAGCGAUCCGUAUGGCUGCAAACGUUGCAAGAGUUUCUUCCGAAUCAAGAGUGACCUGGAGAGCCACGAGAAAAUUUGCCAUCCGGAAAUGGAGACGGAGGACGAUGGAGGCGUCGCCAGCAAGCCAAUCGGCGGCUCCGACGUCGUCGAGAAGAACUCGGUCACCGCGAAGUACAAGUUAAUGACAGUGGAGAAGAUGCGGUUACUACUGGCGGUGCUGCUAAAAAGGAUCAGCAAGCAAGAACGAUUGGACGAGCUCGGCUUUGGCAAGCGUCUCAUCGACGACGUCCUGCAAGAUUCACUGUUGUCCGCCGGGAAGCAACCGGUCACUGAUGGCGGUCUGUCCGAGCUCGAGGCUCUCACCCGAAAUCUGGAGAUCUUUCUGGAAUGGACAGUGCCGAAGGAGCACUGGGAGAACUUCCGUAGGAUGAAGAAAUCACCCGAGGAUAUUUUGGAAGCACUCACGGCUACGUAAAUGCAUCCGUUUCGUAAAAACAAUAGUUAAAUUCAUUUUCUCUAAUCUCGAAAGCUAAUCUAAUUAUUAUUUAGCUGAAGUUUAUCAAGCGAGACUUAAUCGGUAGUAGUUACUUGGGUGAUGAGACGUUCCAACAAUAUCUUAGCUUAGUAGCUGAAUGCAAACUCGGCUUCAAUGGUAUGAAAAUCUGUUCGUUUGCGAUCGAUGUUUUAUAUUUCAAUCUUUCAUACGACUUUUGCUAUUUUGAAUUUAUCAAAAAUAUUUCCUAGAAAACAAAAUAGAAUCCCGACUAAUGACAUGAUCUCCAAGUUACUCUUAAUUAAUUAAUUGUAAAGACUAACACGCAAAAACCUUAAGAGACUAUCGCGUUUUUUUUCUUAAUUACGUCAAUCAACGGAGGAGGGAAUAAUCAAGGCUGGAAGUGUAGGUUGUCAGUAUCAGUAUAUGUCUCUUUUCCACACAUUAGAAUCAUUUCUAACAGUUCCAAGUUGGAAAAUGCGUAGCGCUUCUCGUUUUUUCCGUGUGUGAUAUUUAUAAAUUUACGAAAACUAAACCAAAUGUUGAAUAAUGUUCUGUGGUGCCAUGUGUCAUAAUACUUGCCAUACUAAACCAGUGAAUGUACGGUAUUUAGAAGCUAAGUAACGGCCCUUACUUCAUUCGUAGGGUAAAAUGAUUUAACGGUGCGGUGCAUUGUCGAUAAAUAACGUGACGAGAAAGAAAAAUCGUUUCUUUCGGACGACGUGAGCGGAUCGCCGCGUUUUCUCCAGGAUUUCCACCAGGCGAUCGAAGCAAACUUGAAUACUUUUUGUUGGGACACGACUUUCAGUGCAUUAGUGGGAGUGUUCUUUGCACUUUGCAUUUUAUUCUAAUAGUGAAGCACGCGACUGCACUCGUCAACUAUAUACUAAAAA